AUGUUCAAGUGUAGUUACUGUGGACUUUCUUUUAUCAAAUUCAAGUCUUUGUUAAUACAUGAGGUAGAAUGUGAGACUUUUAAAUGUGAAAAGUGUAAAAUAAGAUUCAAGGACCGAGAUACAUACAUUAACCAUGUGAUUACCUGUAAGACAAUAGUCUCUCCUCUUGGUGAUGUAGCUACCUUUAGGUUACAUAAAUUAGCUUAUAAGGGAGUUCUCAAGAUCUACGUUAAAUUAGGAGAAUGGAAAUCACUCGAAAACUUAUUCAACAUGGAAAGUGUCAACAUUGUAACCCUUUUCAAUCAUAUACUCGAGAAUAUUGGAUCAUUUAAAGCUCAAGCUUGUUUACUCUUGAAAUUCGUGAAACAGAAACCAGAUGGAGACAUUGACUCAACUGAUGUCUAUAAAGUUACUCAAAGUCAACCUCUGACACACACUUCUCAAGUCGGGAAAUUGAUUGAUGAAUGGGCAACAAAUUUGGAACUUAUCGUUGAUCAAUUUACUCAACGAGGGAGUGGUUGGGUUUUGUCAACAAUCAAAAUGCUGGAAAUUCGAAUUGGAAAACUAAAAGAAUACAGUGGUGGUUGCUGUAACGUAAAUUUACCUUUAAUUUAUUUACGAAAGAAAAGUUUAAUUUCCCCCAAAUGCAAGAAAGAUUGUUUCAAAUGGGCGGUUCUCAUCUCUCUCCACCCACAAGCAAAUCAUGUUGGACGAAUAUCUCAGUAUAAAAAAUUUGAAAAGUUUUACAAUUUCAAUGACAUUGGAUCAAUUACACCAUUUUCAAAGAUUAAAUUUUUUGAAAAACGCAACAACAUAUCAGUUAAUGUUUACACAUCAUCAGGAGGUAAAAAUCAAAAAGUGGUUCCUUUCAAUUUCAAUGGAUUCAUGUUCAAAAAUAACUCUUGGGAAAGAUUUUUCUGUUGUUCAUGUUUAUCAGGCUUUAAAGAAAAAUCAACUUUAACAAAGCAUGAAGUUUAUUGUAAUGAUAACUCAGCUCAACGAACAAUUCUACCGGGCAGUGAAAAUGUUCCAAAAAUUUACUUUGAAGCCUUGGUAACCAAGAGUGAAAAUGUUUUGGGAUCCAGUACAUUUGAAUACCAAAAACAUGAAGCUUGCUCUUUCGGAUGGGUUGCUGUUGAUUGGACUGGAAAAAUUUUGUUUCAAAAGUUCUAUCGGGGAGAAAAUGCUGCCGAAAACUUCAUCUCUAGUCUCUACAAAGUAUACAGUUCAUUAAAUGUUGAUUUACAACAAAGAAUCAAACCACCGAUACUAACACCUGAGGAAAGAUUAAUUUAUGAAUCGACAACUAAUUGUCAUGUUUGUUUACAACCUCUCCUCCAAGAUAAAGUCUUGGAUCACUGUCAUUUGACUGGUAAACUAAGAGGAGCCGCUCAUAAUCUCUGCAAUUUAAAAUUGAGAUUACCAAAUAGAAUCCCUGUCAUUUUCCAUAACCUGAAAGGUUACGAUGCUCAUUUAAUCAUGAAAGGAAUCAAGUCCAAUACUGUGAGGAAGAUUUCAGUUAUACCUCAAAACACUGAAAAGUACAUAGCCUUUUUCAUGGACGAUUUCAUUUUCUUGGACAGUUUAGCUUUUCUGCUCUCCAGUCUUGAUACUUUGGCAGGAAAUUUACCUGAUGAACAUAAAUCUAAAUAUUUAUUACAAAUGUUGUUUGAUAUGGACUAUUCAUACAAAAAAUUUCAGACCUCUAGCUCAACGGACGUAUACCGAAGUUUAGCCCAAAUGUUUAAUGAGAAUGAUCUCCCUUUACUUUUAUCUAAAGGAUGUUUACCCUAUGAGUACAUGGACUCUUGGGAUAAAUUUAAUGAGACCAAUUUACCUUCCAUUGAUAAAUUUUAUUCACACCUCUCUCGUAAAACAAUUGACGAAUCAACAUAUACAAAUCUACAAAAAAUUUGGGACCAUUUCAAUUGUCAAAAUCUUGGUGAUUUUCAUGACAUUUAUUUGAAAGUUGACGUUUUACUUUUAGCUUCAAUAUUUGAAAAUUUUAGGUCAACUAGCUUGAAACAAUUUGGUCUUGAUCCAUGUCACUAUUUCUCAACACCUGGAUUGACUUGGGAUGCAGCUUUAAAAGUGACAAAAACAAAACUUGAUUUACUAACUGAUAUUGAUAUGAUUUUAAUGAUUGAGAAUGGAAUCCGAGGCGGAAUCUCUUGUGCAAUGACAAGACAUGUAGUUGCCAAUAACCCUCUCUCUGAAAACUAUGAUGAGGGUAAACCAAAUUCAUACAUUGCCUUUCUUGACGUUAAUAACCUUUAUGGUUAUGCUCUAAGUGAUUAUUUACCAAUCAACAAUUUUGAAUGGGUAGCCCCUGAAUUGUACUCUCAAGUGAUUGAAUCAAUUUUACAAGGCCAUGAUUCAAGUAUCGGAUACAUUUGUCAAGUUGAUUUGAUUUACCCGAAACAUCUUCAUGAUCAACACAAUGAUUAUCCCAUGGCCCCUGAGAAACUCACUGUCGAAACUGAAUGGUUGAGUAAUUACCAAAAAAGAUUAAUAAUUAAACUUGAGGGUGAAGGACUGAAAAGAUGUAAGACUGAAAAGUUGAUUCCAAAUUUGAGAAACAAGAAAAAUUACGUUGUUCAUGAAAGAAACUUGAAAUUUUGGUUGGAGAAAGGUUUAGUAUUGGAUAAGGUUCAUUCAAUUCUGAAAUUUAAUCAAUCAAAAUGGUUGGAACCUUACAUUUCAAUGUGUACACUUAAUCGAAAACAGGCGUCUUCAUCAUUUGAGAAAGAUUUCUGGAAAUUGAUGGUGAAUUCAUUAUAUGGUAAAAGUAUCGAGGAUAAACGGAAACACUCAAAAGUAAAGGUGAUUACAAAUGGUGAACAAGCGAUCAAACAAAUUCGAAAACCAAUGUUUGAACAUUUUUAUAUUCUCGAUAAUGAUUUGGCAAUAAUUAAGAUGCGUAAAUUUGAAGUCAAAUUGGAUAAACCGAUUUACCUUGGUUUUACUGUAUUGGAAUUAUCAAAACUUAGAAUGUAUGAGCUUCACUAUGAUUACUUUUACCCUCGUUAUGGUGAUAAAUUGAAAUUAGUUUACACAGAUACUGAUAGUUUCAUUUAUUAUAUUCAGACUGAUGAUAUUUAUAAUGAUCUAAAGUCAAUGGGACCAAUCAUGGACUUUUCCGAUUACCCUCAAACACAUUUUCUGUAUGAUCCUGUAAACAAAAAGAAACUUGGAGUCUUGAAAGAUGAAAUGAAUGGUCAAACUAAAAAGACGGCCAAGGGAACCCAAAAAGCAACAGUUCGUGAUGAAAUUUGUAUAGAUGAUUACAAGACCUGUUUAUACGACAGCAUUUUAUUCAGACAUGAUAAUCAUAGAUUACAAUCUAGACACCAUCAAAUCUCUGGAAUUAAAACAAACAAAAUAUCUCUAUCACCAUUAGAUGACAAGAGAUUCAUUCGUGAAGAUGGAAUAUCAACAUAUGCUUUUGGACAUUAUAAAAUUGUUUAA